AUGAAGACCACCUUUGCCCUCCUCGGCGCGGCCUCCACCGCGACCGCCCUCCUCAACCUGGACGUCAACCUGCCCCUGGGCAUCUCGGCCGACCUCAACCUCCUCGGCCCCACGACGGAGCCUUGCGACGAGUGCACCGACGUCUGGCACCCGCCCCACGACGGCGUCAUAAUCGACGACUGCGACAACACGCACGAGCACGGCUGGCACUGGGUCCACCCCUGCCCCGAGCCCAACGUGCCCUCCUUCACCUGGGGCACCGUGACCGCCACGCGCACCAACACCAUCACCCAGUGCGAUGCCUGUGCCGAGCCCACCAGCGUGACCUACGUCGAGGAGACGACCGUCUGCCCGGUCCCCGUCGAGACGACCGCGGCGCCCUCCACCGUUGUCGUCCCCGUUGUCCCUACCACCACUACCACCACCACCGAGCCCGGCAUGGCGCCCACCACGGUGUCCGAGGUCGUCCAGCCCUCCGAGACGAUGCCCCCCGUGCACGUGGUCCCCUCGUCGUCGUCGUCGUCGUCGUCGACCUUGAUGGAGAUGCCCCCCAGCACCUUCACCUCCAUCUACCAGACCAACACUGUUCCCGCUCCUCCCGCCCAGAGCACAACCAUGGUCCCUGGUGUCCCUGGUACGCCGGUCGUCCCCAGCGCGCCUGGUCUGCCCGUUACCCCCAUCGCCCCCGGCCCUCCUGCCGAGCACACGUCCAUUGUGGCCGGCCCCACGACAACCCACGGCAACAACGCCACCAACCCCGUCGUCACGCCUCCCAUUGUCACGCUUCCUCCCGCGGCUGGCGCUGCCCAGAACACCGUCGGCCUCGCCCUGGUCGCCGCUCUCGCCUUUGCACUGUGGUAA